GCGGACUUCCCUCAGACAGUUGUAUGUUUCAUAAAAAUGCACUCUGAUGCGGCAAGUAAGUAGAAACGUUCCCGACAGGUUUUAGUGAAGCUGACCGCGACAGUCGUGGGGCCCCGUGCGCGUGUUAGUCAGGAAGAGGCGCGUGAACGUCCAGCGUCAUUUUCAGCUUAAUUCACAUCUGACGACUCUAGCCAGCAUCCACAAGAUUCACCACACUUUGCACAGGCUGAACCUGACUGAAGACAUUGGACAGGACAGCCACCCAUCAGAUUUUAUCCUUUUAAUUGACUACCCAGCUUGCUGCUCAAGAGCCAUGCCACCAAGGAAAAAGAGGAGACCGUCUGCAGGAGAUGACAUGUUAGCCAAAAAAAGUCGCCAGGACAGUGUUUUCAGAAGACAUGAAACAUCACAAAUCCGAGAGGAGGAGACAUUUUCCAGCAAAAGAUGCCUGGAGUGGUUCUACGAGUACGCUGGUUGUGACGAUGUUGUGGGUCCAGAGGGGAUGGAGAAAUUCUGUGAGGAUAUUGGCGUGGAGCCUGAGAACGUGGUGAUGCUGGUUCUUGCGUGGAAGCUGGAUGCCCAGAGUAUGGGAUAUUUCACCCUGCAGGAGUGGCUGAGAGGCAUGAGCUCGCUUCAGUGUGACUCCACGGAGAGGCUGAGGAACUCCCUCGACUACUUGAGAUCUGUCCUGAACGACAGCACUAGUUUUAAGCUCAUUUAUAGAUAUGCCUUCGACUUUGCUCGGGAAAAGGACCAGAGGAGUUUGGACUUGAACACUGCCAAGUGCAUGUUGGGGCUCCUGUUGGGGAAGACGUGGCCCCUGUUUCCUGUGUUCAAUCAGUUUUUAGAGCAAUCCAAGUACAAAGUCAUCAACAAAGACCAGUGGUGCAAUGUCUUAGAGUUCAGCAGGACAAUCAACCUGGACCUCAGUAACUACGACGAGGACGGUGCCUGGCCGGUGUUGUUGGACGAGUUUGUGGAAUGGUACAAGGAGAGGCAGAUGUCCUAGCUGCAGGAGGAUGACGGAAGAAAAGACAACUGUGACCACUUUUGAAUAUCAAUUUAUAAACAACACAAACACGGUUAAGCAGUGACAGUGUGUGCUUCUUGGUAGAGGAGGUCUUCAGGCUGUGGGUGGGCGACAAUUUGGGGAGGAGGAGUCCACCUGGUUUGUAUUUCAAGUGUGUGUUGCCCAAAGGGUCUGGGCGGAGGGCGGUCACUGGAGGUUUACUGCUUACUGAAGCUGUGUAGCGGCGCUGCUCCCUGUCACUGUGACAUGUUGCUGUCUGUAUUAGGAUGCAAGCAAAAUGGCAUUGUGUGGGAGAAGCUUUCCUCACUGCUUGUCUUCAGCACAGAGACACCAAGAGAAGUGACCAUCCAUGAAUCGAGCUCAAGUCUUAAACCGGGUUACUUUGAGUAUUAUUUCCUGUGCAAUGAACUAAAGUUUCUCUGAACAGAAAACACUAUUUUGUCUGGAGUUGGGUUGUACUUCAAGAAGCACACUGUGUCAAAGAGUUGAAGACAGGUUUCUGAUGCCUGUGCUGUUUACUAUCAACAUGUGCCAGUUAUUUCUUUGCCUCCAGUUUUGGUUGACAUUUUCAAACCCCGUGCAAAGGCUCCAGACCUCGUUACACCAAACAAAUCUGCAUUGCUGCUUACUCUUAUUACAGUACAGUGCUCUGUUCUGCAUUUCUUGGUCUGACGACCAAAGAAUGUGUCUACGUUGUGUAGGUAAGAGUAUUAUUGUGCCUCAAAACUUGGAAGUCACUUUGUGCGUCUCCUCACACACAAACACAUCUCAGUAAACUUAAAAGUCCAUACUAACGCAAGAAAAUGCACACACGUAGACACACACAAGUGGUCAGGGAUUAUUUCAAGAUGCAUUCAAAAUGUUUGGGCGCCAUGAUAAGUUAUCAUGGAACGAGAAGGGGUCCACUUUGUGCUCGUUUGUGGAAUCUGUUUUGUCUUCCUUAUUCCACUGAUAGUUUCAGGUUUCUUACCAGUAGCAUCUCCCAACACUGAUGAUGGAAGUGCAGUGGAGCGUCUCCUGGAGACACCGGCCCUCAGGCUCUGAGGUGUUUCUACGACUCAGAGGAAGCAAUGGAAACAGUGAAGAUUUGGAGCUGCGUGAGGAUGCUAUGCCGCUCUGUUUGCCUAGUGUAAAGUUCUCGUAACACAUGUAUAAAAUCUGUCUUUGGUUGUGACGUGAUGCUGAUCUGUCAGAAGACUUACUAUUUGCAUGCUUGCUCCAACAGAGCUCCUGGUGAAUGGAUGAGUUUUUUGAAAACAUUUUUCAAACAUGCUUUUGGGUUUGUACAGAAGAUUAGUGCAUGUGAUUUGUGUUUCAUUUGACCCAGUUUUUUUUCUUUUCAAUAAGAAAACAUUGUUAUGUCUGUUUAGACCUGAACACACCUGUAACCUCAAGGUGGAAUAGGUAUUCCUCCCUGCAUUCGUCUCACCAUUCACAUCUACACCCACAGUCAAGGAGAAAUCAUUUUAUUCAUUCUUUAGUGGAAAUACACGUUUUUUCCUGCCUUUCAAGCCAUUAUUGCAGUGAUUAAAACAAAAGAGAAAACGUUCAGAUGGUCAUUCAUGUGAGAUUUAAGCAAAUCCACUGUAGCCAAAAAAAAUCCCUUUCAUUGUGAUGCAACAACCAUUAACACAAACUUGUAAGUAUUUGAUUGUUUGAAUACAUUGCAGAACUUAUUUUUUAUUCACAUAAGAAAAUGCAGGAAGAACAGUCUUGUUCUAGUUGUACAUAUGUAUGUAAAUUAUUAAGUGUCUGUCUGUUUUCACUAUAACCCAUGUCUAUAUACAAAAAUAAAAGGGUUUAUUAAGUUA